CUGGAUUGGGGUUGGGGCCUCGCCAUCGCUACAACUUGGUGCCUCCUCGUGUGCCUCUCCAGACUGUAUCUCGGGAUGCACAGUGUGUUGGAUAUUGUGUGCGGCCUGGUGCUGGUAACUGGCCUGCUGGUGCUGAUCCUCCCAUGGGUCGACGUCCUGGACCACCUGGCCCUGACUCAUCCUGCUUCCCCCCUCCUUACCAUCACGCUAACCAUUGCAAUGGUGGUCUGCUACCCUGCCACUGACAGAUGGACGCCUGCACGCGGAGACACAACUGUCAUCGUAGGCGUGGGUUGUGGUUCCUUGCUUGGUUCGUGGCUCAACUACCAAGUGGGCGUGACACGUGAGCCCACCCUGGCUCCUCCCUACACUGUCAUCUGGCCGACUCUCAACAUGGCCGGCCUCUCUCUCCUGCGCACCAUCCUGGGCCUUGUGGUUAUUGUGGCGGUGAAGGCCAUAUUCAAGGCACUCUCCUUCGCCACCAUCUGUGCACUGCUUCAGGUCAAAGCAGAAGACUAUGUCAACAAAUCGGGCAGCCUGACCAGCCGUCACCGCCUCAUUGUAGAGCUUUUUUACAAGUUCAUCACAUACAUUGCCAUUGGAUUCACCAUCGUGUAUACAGGCCCCCUAGCGUUCAGGCUCAUUGGCAUUGAGAGGCCGACCUUCUACACUGAAGUCUGAGUGGACUCAAUUUUUUUUCUUCUAGUUCUUCAUCCAAUAUAUGUUGUUAUUUUUAUUUUCAUCCUUAUUCUUAUUCUUAUUCUUUGUUAGAGGGUAAGGUUGUUUAUUGUUUGAUGUUCUCUGCAUGAGGAAGGAGGAGGAGGAGGAGGAGGAGGAGGAGACGGAAGAAAUUUGAAGAGGUGAAGGAAGAGAUGAAGUUGGAAGUGGAAGAGGAAGUUGAGGCAGAUGAGGAGGUGGAAAAGGCAAAGGAUAAGGAAAAUGAGGAAGAGGAGUGUUGUGAAUUAUUAACUUUGUGAUUCUCUUUCUCCCUGCAUGUCUCUUUCUGUGUUGGCUAUUUUUAGUAUUACUAUUAUUAUGAUUAUGUUUUUUUAUUAUUAUUCUGGUUAUUAUUAUUAAUAUGAUUAUUCUCAUUGUUAUUGUUAUUAUUAUUAUCAUCAUUAUUAUUAUUGAUAUCAUCAUCAUUACAAUCAUGACAAUCAAAACUUACCUUUUUUUCCAUAAUAUUCUCCAUAUCAAAUUUUCAUCUUGCCUGUAUCCCUCCUCUUUCACUUCCGUUGACAGACAUCCCCUUCCCGAUCCAGAAAAGGUUCACAGCGAAACCUCUAUUCCUUGGAGUUUAUUAUGUUGGGCGGAAGAAGUGUUAUGAAAAUAUUCAAUUACAAUGCAUUAUCUUGUGAACUAAAUAGUGUUUUUAUUUUUUUGGUGUGUGUUUGUGUGUGCGUAUAU